UGUAAAAUUGACGUAUUGAUUUCACAGAGGUAUCACAUAGUUCGCUUUUCCCUUCAACAACAAAACUGACCACCCAUGACAGACUUCAUGAGUGCCAUAAAAGACUACUUUGGGACAAAUGAUGUUCCAAAACCUUUUAUUUUUGAGCCUAAAUACAAGGAACAUGAGCUACAAGUUUUAGAAGCUGUGUGCUAAAAAGAUCCAGUUUUAGUGAAACCCUAAGCAUCAUGCAGCACUAUUGCUAAGUGCUAAACAAGAAAUACAAACCAUGAACAUAAUAAAACAAUCACUUACUGUACAAAGUCUGCUUUCACUGGGAUGCUGACUUGUGGGAUGUUCAUAUCUUCCCAUUUAGAUGACGAAUUAAUCAUUACCCUCGUGCAGGUUACAAAAAAAAAGUUGUCGCAAUCUCACAAUCUCUCACAAUCUCUGGGUAUAAAUUGAAUGUCAAAGUUGACCAACUUCUCAGUUUAUGGCCACAUCGGUCUACCAUACAGGUGAGAGGCAUGAUUCAUAAUCUAGAAAUAACUUUCACCAGCUCAGAGGCGAUGCAGCAGCAGCAGCUCAGUAUGUCAAUAGCUGCAUAAGCUACUGAGCCCUCUGUGAUCACGUCACCGCUAAAAGUAGUUCCUCUGUGUUAGCCCUUAUAAUGACAAUAUCGCUAUUCAUUGGUUAAUAUUCAGGUCCCGAGAUGUAAAUGGAGAAUUGUUGGCAGCUUUUAGAAGUUUUUAAGAGGGCUUUAUGGGCGCAAUAGAGUACUCCUAUUUGCUGCAUGGUUAGCCACCUCAUACAUUUUAUGACUUACAAUGCAGAAAACAAAGAAAAACAUAUGUGUUUUUGUCUUACAUAGGGAUUGAGAAUAAUAAGCAUAAUGUAAAAAUAAGAGCGAUUUUCAUUUAAAGCCUUACAAUUAGUUGAGAGACAGCUCUUAUCUCGAUACACUCAAAUUAAGGUACAACUGUAUACCCUUUUGAUUGCUCAAUCCUCGGAGACAAAUGUGUGCUACAGAAGCUAAAGUAAGUCAUUAUUUUUUAAAGUGAAGGGAUAGAAAAAAACCUAAUACUGUAUGUGAUAAUCUGACAAGACAUCUGAGGACAUUACUUUUAUAUUCAGCUUUUAUCAAAAUACACUGCAAAUAUUAGGUACAGUUACGUCAUUUUAAAAAAGGUACAAUUUUCAUUUACACAGACAGCAAAAUGUACUAAAGUUACUGGGCUGUAGUAUCCAUGCAAGGCCAGUUAGUCUGCAAUGGUAGAACAGCCUUUACACACACACUUGGAUCUCAGCGAUUAGUGGGUAUAACUUAGGUCUAAUGGCCAAUUGUGUUAAUACUUAAGAUUAGAGAUGUCCGAUAAUAUCGGCCUGCCGAUGUUAUCGGCCUGCCGGUAUUAUCGGCCGAUAAAUGCUUUAAAAUGUAAUAUCGGAAAUUAUCGGUAUCAUUGUUUUUAUUAUCGGUAUCGUUUUUUUAUUUUUUUAUUUUUUUAUUAAAUCAACAUAAAAAACACAAGAUACACUUACAAUUAGUGCACCAACCCAAAACACCUCCUCCCCCAUUUACACUCAUUCACACAAAAGGGUUGUUUCUUUCUGUUAUUAAUAUUCUGGUUCCUACAUUAUAUAUCAAUAUAUAUCAAUACAGUCUGCAAAGGAUAGUCCGUAAGCACACAUGAUUGUGCGUGCUGCUGGUCCACUAAUAGUACUAACCUUUAACAGUUAAUUUUAUUAAUUUUCAUUAAUUACUAGUUUCUAUGUAACUGUUUUUAUAUUGUUUUACUUUCUUUUUUAUUCAGGAAAAUGUUUUUAAUUUAUUUAUCUUAUUUUUAUUUUUAUUUUAUUUUUUUUAAGUACCUUAUCUUCACCAUACCUGGUUGUCCAAAUUAGGCAUAAUAAUGUGUUAAUUCCACGACUGCAUAUAUCGGUUGAUAUCGGUAUCGGUAAUUAAAGAGUUGGACAAUAUCGGAAUAUCGGAUAUCGGCAAAAAGCCAUUAUCGGACAUCCCUACUUAAGAUAUAUAGUUGCACUAUGCAUACUACAUGUUCACAUGCAAAGACUUGGACUAUCCCUCUCGCACGCAACUGUCGCUAAUGUGACCACGAUUGGCAUACAGUAACAGUUGUGUUCUCUCCAGGAAGGGAAAGACACAUAAUGUACCCGGCGAGGGUGGAAAACACCGUCUCAUGGACAUGGCAAUCCAAGCUGCGGUCCAUCAGUAAAUCAGACACUGAGAUGAACAAGAUGAACUGCAAUGGCAAAAGCAGGCAGCUUCCCCAGAUUCCCUCUGGGACUGGAGAGGACGGAGAGCACACUUACUCUGAAGUGGGCCGUGGCUCCUCAACCACGCGAACUGACGACGCGCUCUAUGCCAUGGUAGGCAGGGCCGGGCAGACGGACACUCCGGCCCCCCCGGCGGUCCCCGCCAACACUCCGGCGCCACCUGAUCCGGACGGGGAUGUGGAAGGAGGGCUGCCCGAUCCCGAAAAUCAGGUCAUGUCUCCACCUCAUCCUCCUGAGACGGCCGAGUACGCCUGUGUCAGGAAGCUGAGGAAGGCCGACAAAGCGCCACAGAAGAGGGACAGUGGGACGGACACGGGGGACCCACCGGUGCCGCCGCCACGACACCCCCCGCCUUCCCAUCCCGCCCCUCCACCGCCACAUCCACACAGCACAAAGCUGCCUCGUAGAAACAUGGACGCAUUUAAUGUUCCCUCCUUCCCUAAGGAAGUGAUGUUUAUGGGCAAUGGAGAGCAGUACAUCUGGAAGCCUCCAGAGGAUGAAGAUGCCCUCAUGCUCCACAAUAAAGCCCUAGGCCCAGUGGCUGCACACACGAUGGAGAGUAUGCAACCUUCUGCUGCUGUGGUGGCUGAGAUGUACUCAAAGGUGUGUAAACCAGGGAAGAAGAAGAGAGCAGUACCUGGGUCUCCUCCGUCCAAUCCCGGCUUCAGGACCUUGGGUCGUGGUGACCGAGACAGAGACGGGGGCUUUAGCGUAGUUGUCAAACCUCAGACGUGGGCCCCUCAGGAGGGAAAAGCAACUGGAGGGUCCCUUGACGACCACUGCUAUGAGUCAUUCGGGGCCGAGGAGUGCGAUCCGGCGUACGAGAAUCUGGAUGGCGGGGGCGGCUGGAGAAGAGAGAGACCCCCCAACACAUGUGCCACUUUGCGGCCGAGGAGAAAGAAAGCCCAGCAGCCCUUGCAGCAGCAACAGCCCCCUCCGCCGCCGCCAACGCAGCACAACCCCAAAUUACAGCACCUGCCUGCCAAAGCUCUGCUGUUGCCGGGCGAGAGCCUGUACGAGAGCAUCGGUGACCUGAAGCAAGGCUCCACCUCUUCGAGCACCACCACCAUCUUCACCUUCAAUGACGGCAUGGAGAUGUACGUUACAGGGCUCUGAGGUGGCGGCUGCACUGUGACCUUAGCGACAAGGAACAAACACCAUAAGGAAUGGCGGCUGAGCCCCCGUCAUGCUCCCCCACACAUACUGUUUACAUCAUAACGUCAUGCCUUUCCCGGGCUCCAGGGGCCUUAAGGUACUAAUGUUUAUCUGUUAUGACCUAGGCCAAGUCCAAUCUACAAACCUUCUAAGGAACCCAAAGGUAGUGAGUAAUUGAUGAGCACAAGACUAUUGCAGCGCAAUCAGUAGGUAACAGUAGCACUAUGCUGUAGUUCAUUCAUUUAUAAAUGUGCAAAGCACAAGAAAGUAAGAAGCCUAAAUUCUUUCUGAUCUAGCGGGUAAUACUUGUUUAUGGGCUGGAAAACAAGCACAGCAAUGAGAGAAAUAUUCGGUAGCACUUGUGAAUAGGCCUUCCCUGAAUGCAGUCAAUAUUACGGAGCCCCUAAAGGGACAUGGAAGGAAAAACAUGUUUUGCGAGACCUCGCAAUACUUUUUGCAAGUUCUCGCAAAACGUUUUUUUCCUAUGUCAGUGAACCGGAAGUGAAACAGACAAAGCGAUGGAGGAGCCUACCCAUCAUUUGUGGGAGAAGUUUGUUCAUUUCUAUUUUAGUAUUGGCCUAACAUAUAAAGACAUCAAAUCCGUUCUUGCACGUAGACAUGGCUUUGACAUAAGUGAGAGACAUCUGAAAAAAAGAUUACUCAGGGCGAGGGGGCUUUCUCGUCAUAAUGGGUACUGUGAUCUUGCGGUCCUGGUUGAAUUCAUCAGUACCCGUGGUUGUACGCUAAAUGUAGAGAACAUGGACUACGAAUAAAGAAGGACCUUUUGCGAGAUCUCACAAAACAUUUUUCCCCCUCCAUGUCCUUUUAGGGGCUCCGUACAAUAUCGAUUCAGGAUGGAAUUUAAAUUAUUUAAGGAAUGAAUUACUAGUCAAAACAUUUGAACGCUCAGGGACAAAGAGAAACAAUUAUGAGAGUAUUCUAAGGAAAAUAAAUUGCACACCUUUUGCAUUCCUCCUUAACGACAACACAAAGCAUUUUCAUGGUUACAAAUUGUGUCCCAGCUGACACGGACUGAACACUGUCUCCACUGCUGUCUGUAAAUGAGCUGUUUUACUUUGUUGACCCUGUCCUGCACUUUGCCUGCUACAAGUUGCAUGCUGUAAAAAAAGAAAAAAAGAAAAACUCAGAAAAAUUAAGCCCUGUCAAGUGGUACCUAUAUUAAUGUUUUGGGGUUUUUCCUAUUGUUGUAGGGUGUUUAUUUCCACAGUGCGUUAUUUCUCUGUAGAGCACAAGGCCAGUUAGAGUUGGGACUCAUCAUUCACUCAUUCAUUUCUAUUCCUUUUGCGCCUGCAACACAAACAAUACAAAACUGGUAAAGUCUUUUAAGGCGGCAACAGAGUGCUCGACUCCCCUUUGAUCACAUCAAAGUCCCUGCCUUGUGGUCAUCUGUCUAGAUUUCAUAGUUGCGGCUUUGAAAGACUACAGUAUAUGAUGUAUACAAGUCAUGCCUCAUCAUCACUCCAUCACCAACAUCUUCUCUGUUAUCAGUGUUCAAAUGUUGCAAGAAUAAGAAGAAGACAAGCAGGACAUAGAGUGCAGACGCAACCACAUGCUGGACGAUGAUUUCAUUUGACCAAAUAUCUUCAGCAAAGUGUGUGAUUAUACUGUAUGUUGAUGCAAUGUGUAUGUACAUUACAAAAGAGAAAGAAUAAUAAAUAUAUCAUCAAUGUCAAGAAAUCUAUCUUUUUCUAUGAUGUUUAAUGGUGUUAUGGAAUAACUUCUCUUGUGACCCACAGAGCUGCAAUGUAAAUUCCAGUGUGUUCUGUUUUAUUUCAAAGCCACGAAGCUAUAGUGGCGUGUUCCUGGAAAGCUCCACGCCACUUCAGCGUGGCAGAUCUUGUUUUGUGUUUGCUAUUCAGACUACAGGGUCUUGUACUCCGCCAGCGUGUGAUUAAGUGCUAAGUGCAAAAGAUUGUAAUAUUUUAUAUCAAGACUACUAUUCAUGAAAUGUCCGUCAAGUUUAUACUUUUGUAAUAAAGUGGCACUUUAAAAACACCAUAUGUUUUAUCUCAUAGUCUCGCUUAUUACAAAUUAAGAGGGUGUGUGGGGGAAGAAGAUGCAACAUGAUUGUGGUUGGGGAAAAC